AAAAAAUGAAUCAAGUUAAAUAAAAUAAUUCUCUUUAAUGAAUGUUAAGUCAGAACUAGAUGAUAUACCUUACUGUUCGGUUAUAGAUAAUCUGAUAUAUGAUUGUUUUAAGGACGCAUUUAACUCUUUUAUAAAAUGAAAUUGAUCAGUAGCACUCUCAAGGGAAUGCAGAGUUCAAAAAUAAAAGAUUUACCUACAAGUAAAUGUGAAAAUCCAAGUAUCAAACAUGGAGAAUCUUUAUUGAGUUACGAUCAAAGCCAGUUUUUAAGAAUAGCUCUGGAAGGAAAUGAUUUUUCUGAUUCAACUAUUUCAGCAAAUACAAACACAGAAUUCAAUAUUCCUCACGAUUCAACUCUGGCAAAGAAUCAGCAUAUAACAUUAAGUGCAUCUUCUACAAAUAACUCUAACGUUGCUUCAGUUUUACAUGAUGGGAUCUCCAGCAUAGAAACAGUGGAUGCAUCAAAAUUAAUCUCUUUUUGCGAGUCCAGAGGUACAAAGAGAUUGGGUAUAUUUCGAACACUUUAUGAGAAGACUAGAGAGUCUUUUAGAUUGAAAAAAAAAAUUGAAGAUGGAAAGAAUGAAGUAUCCUCGACACUUUCAAGAUGCUCCAGUCAUUUUAUUAAAUAUGAUACAUGCGAUGAAAGUAUAAUUGAAGAUAUGUUAUGUGAAAUUAAUAAAAGAAAACAAUUACUACUAGCCAGAAAGCAGUGUUUUUUAAAAAAGAAAUUUCAGGACACUGCUCAACAAAUUGAAGUAGAGAGGCAGCUACUAUAUUCAGAUGCUAAACUAAAAACUUUGCAAACAUUUCUAUCUAAAAUUGACUAUGAAGAAAAAUCUUUUAAAAUAUCGCAGAGCAGUGGAUAUAUUAAUGUGACAGAUCUUAUUGUUCCGGUCAAGGAAAGAAAUAAGAAAGAUUUCAGUGAAUACUAUGUUUGUAUUCUCUAUCAUGAUCAACAUGUUUAUAUGACAGAUUAUAUCAAAGCCAUGGAUAACAAAUUUGUAUUCAAUGGAACAAAUAUAUGUUUUAAUAAUAUAGACAGCGACUUCGAAAUAAAAAUAGAAUUUUUUCUACUAAAGCUUAAAAAAUCCAUUAGAAAUUAUAGUCAUGAAUCAAGAUACAAUUUAAAAAACGAUAGCACAUGCCCCACACCACAAUUACUAUUAUCACCUGCAAGAUCAUUUCUUCGACCCUCUAAAAAUUGGCCAGUUUCUAGAUAUAGGGCAGAUAGUGAAAAAUCUCAAUUUGUAUAUCAGGGUUCUCUUACUCUGAAUCUCAAAAAUAUUAGCUUAUUUGGUAGCUAUAUAUUAACUGAUCUACCUUCUGAUAGUAGCAUUGAAGGAGUGGUUGACAUAUCGCUAAGUGCUAGAGUGCGUCUUCUUCAAGCAUUUUCUGGAUUUCUAACGAUUGGAAAUGAAAUUGGGGGAUGUGCUUACUGGAAUAGAAAAUGGUGCCGAUUGGACGGUUUCAUUUUUAAUUAUUGGAAUUAUCCAGAAGAUGAAGGCUGUAAGAUUCCAUGUGGUACAAUUGAUUUGCGUUAUUGCAAUAGCAAUGAAAUUAAACCAGCGAGUCGUCAGAUAUGUUCACGGAGUUUCACUCUGUUGAUAGAAACUAAACAAACUUGCAAACCCCGUGACCGAACUUCUGUGAGUUGUUCUAUGACACAUUUUGUAGAAAGACAUUUAUUAGCGGCGGAUUCAAGAGCUGAUUUGGUCAAGUGGCAAGAUGUUUUUAAUAAUGUUAUUUGCACAUUGAGACAGUGGAAUACUUUGAUUCCCAAUUCUUUGCAUGAACCAGAUGAAUAUAUUAUCUAAAAUUUAUGUGAUUUUUAAUUAUUUUGAUAAACAAAAAAUAUAUCACAUUAAUUUCAAUAUAUACUUCUAUCACAAACAAAAUGAAGAUGUAUUUUUUAUAAUAUGACUUUUUAAUAUUUAUGUAGUAUUU